AUGGUCUUCUCCUCUAAACCGGCCGUCUAUACCGGCGAAGCAUUGGCCUGCGAACGUGUCAUCCGCGUGUCGUGCAGCAAGAUGUCCCAGGCCCGCAUUGAAAGGGGUGGCCCCCGGUUGGCACGCAACCUCCUCAUCCUCCAGACGCUGAAGUAUGCUCGCGAGGAGCAGAAACGCAUUGAGAUGGCUGCGCUGAAGACCAUCACCGAGAAUCUGAUCCAGCUUCUCGAUGAGGAUGAGCCGAUCCGGCCCCCGAUCGUCUUCACCGUCACCGACGAUCAUGAGGGUCUCUCGGUGUUCGACUCGGAUGCCCCCCUCGUUUUCGGCACCGAGGCCACUGAGGAAUGCCUCUACGAGGGCGACGAGGAACUGAUGGUCGUCAGCUCGCCAGCGCCUCUUUCGUCGGCGCUCGACGACGCUCUGUCGAAGAUCGGCAAGAUCACCGAGCGCAAGCGUCGUUCUGCCACCCCAAUCAAUGUCCGCCACGCCAUGGCCGCCCAC